CUCCGGCUGAGAGCGCCGCUGCACCCGUGGCCGGCGAUGCGGGGCCCCGGCGCGGCCGCGUCGCGCUCGCCCCUGGGCCUGUGCACUCUAGUGCUUGCGCUGCUGGGCGCGCUGCCCGCCGGUGCCGGGGCGCAGCCUUACCACGGCGAGAAGGGCAUCUCGGUACCGGACCACGGCUUCUGCCAGCCCAUCUCCAUCCCACUAUGCACGGACAUUGCCUACAACCAGACCAUCCUGCCCAACCUGCUAGGCCACACGAAUCAAGAGGACGCGGGCCUCGAGGUACACCAGUUCUACCCGCUGGUGAAGGUGCAGUGUUCUCCCGAGUUGCGCUUCUUCCUGUGCUCUAUGUACGCACCCGUGUGCACGGUGCUUGAUCAGGCCAUCCCGCCGUGCCGUUCUCUGUGCGAGCGUGCCCGCCAGGGCUGCGAAGCGCUCAUGAACAAGUUCGGCUUCCAGUGGCCAGAGCGGCUGCGCUGCGAGAACUUCCCGGUGCACGGCGCCGGCGAGAUCUGCGUGGGCCAGAACACGUCGGACGGCUCCGGGGGCCCAGGUGGCGGCCCCACAGCCUACCCCACCGCGCCCUACAUGCCGGACUUGCCCUUCACCGCGCUGCCCCCGGGGGCCGCUGACGGCAGGGGCCGUUCUGCCUUCCCCUUCUCGUGCCCCCGCCAGCUCAAGGUGCCCCCCUACCUGGGCUACCGCUUCCUGGGCGAGCGCGACUGCGGCGCCCCGUGCGAGCCGGGCCGUGCCAACGGCCUAAUGUACUUUAAGGAAGAGGAGAGGCGCUUUGCCCGUCUCUGGGUGGGCGUGUGGUCGGUGCUGUGCUGCGCCUCGACGCUCUUCACCGUGCUCACCUAUUUAGUGGACAUGAGGCGCUUCAGCUAUCCCGAGCGGCCCAUCAUCUUUCUGUCGGGCUGCUACUUCAUGGUGGCCGUGGCGCACGUGGCCGGCUUCCUGCUGGAGGACCGCGCGGUGUGCGUGGAGCGCUUCUCAGAAGACGGCUACCGCACGGUGGCGCAGGGCACCAAGAAGGAGGGUUGCACUAUCCUCUUCAUGGUGCUGUACUUCUUCGGCAUGGCCAGUUCCAUCUGGUGGGUCAUCCUGUCGCUCACUUGGUUCCUGGCAGCUGGCAUGAAGUGGGGCCAUGAGGCCAUUGAAGCCAACUCUCAGUAUUUCCACCUGGCCGCGUGGGCCGUGCCCGCUGUCAAGACCAUCACCAUCUUGGCCAUGGGCCAGGUGGAUGGGGACUUGCUCAGUGGGGUUUGCUACGUGGGCCUGUCCAGCGUGGAUGCGCUGCGAGGCUUCGUGUUGGCGCCUCUGUUCGUCUACCUCUUCAUUGGCACGUCCUUCCUGCUGGCCGGCUUCGUGUCGCUCUUCCGCAUCCGCACCAUCAUGAAGCACGACGGAACCAAGACCGAGAAACUGGAGAAGCUCAUGGUGCGCAUCGGCGUCUUCAGCGUGCUUUACACUGUGCCGGCGACCAUCGUCCUGGCCUGCUACUUCUAUGAGCAGGCCUUCCGCGAACACUGGGAGCGCACCUGGCUCCUGCAGACUUGCAAGAGCUACGCGGUGCCCUGCCCGCCUGGCCAUUUCCCGCCCAUGAGCCCUGACUUCACUGUCUUCAUGAUCAAGUACCUGAUGACCAUGAUCGUGGGCAUCACCACUGGCUUCUGGAUCUGGUCCGGCAAGACUCUGCAGUCGUGGCGCCGCUUCUAUCACAGACUCAGCCACAGCAGCAAGGGGGAGACUGCGGCUUGCAACAUUUGCCAGCAAGAUAACUGGAUUUCCCAAAGAGGGAAGGGUCCAAUCACAGGAGACUUUAUAGCAGAAACAGGCUGGUGAUAUGCAGUAUGAUAUUCUCUGAUGAUGUCUGGGCAGCAGCGAGCUGUAGCUCCCCAUCAGACCAUGAUCAGGAGGGUAAACAACUGAUAUGCCAACCACCAUUCUCCACCCAUACAACCAUUCUGUUUUUCACUUCCAUUUCAUUAUUCAAUAAAAUUGCUUGAGAUAUUCAA